AUGGUGGACUUGUACAAGAAGCCCAAGAACAUCUCCAUUGGGAUGUACUACACCAAGGACUACAUUGGCAGACGCAGAAGUAACAACUACUACUAUGGGUACAGCCAUAAGUACGGAGGGUACUACAACUACUACAAUAAGCUGCACAAUCAUAAGAAGGGUUACUACUACGAGUCGCAGCAGGGGGAGACGCACAAGGAGAAGCUGAAGGAGGAGAAUGGGGAUAUUGUUCCCGUAAGCGACCCCCCAAAGGAUGCCAAUGGGUCAGACAAAACUGAAAGCAAAAACAGAAAAGCUGAGAAGGAAACGGAAAAGGACGAUGAGGUGGCAGGUAGAGACAAGAAAAAGGAAACCAGUAGAAAAAAGUGCGUCAUAAAAAUACUUAAAAGACCAACCGAGGCAGUGAGUAAAGAAGAAGGAAAGAGAAAGAGCCUCAUGGGAGGCGAGAAGGGCUCAUUGGAGGAAACGCAAAAAAAGAAGAAAAAGGAAAAGGAAAAGACAAAGGAGAAUGGAAGUGAAGACGCCAAAGAAUGCGUUGAACAAAAGAGCAAAAAGAAAAAAAAGGAACGCGAAGGUACUUCUACCCGUAAGAGCAAAAAGGUAAAGGACGGAUUCAAAUUUACGUCCACGCAAGAACUGUUUAAUUUGCUCCUGAAGGAUGUUAAGAAUAACUCCCCUGAUGAGGAAGAGGAGGAGGAUGAUUAUGAUGAGGAUGAGAUGGCGAAGCAGGCGGGAGAGAAGAAAGGCGCCACGAGCGCAGCGGGCCUGAAGGAUACUCACCCCGGCCGUAAUGAUCAUGUGGCUGAGCAGAAUAAUUAUGGGGAGGACAAAAUUACAAAUAAAAAUGAACAACAAGGCAAGAGCAUUAUUAUUAAGGGCAAGGAAGGAAACCACAGUAGUGAUGUACCAAAGAUGAGUGAUAAAAUAAUCGAAGCAAAGGAUAAAGGUACAAAUGAGUGUAGAAAAAACAGCGCUGCACAAAUGACCAAAGCUACAGAAGGAGGAGGGGUCAGUGCAAAUGGUAAAGAAAGCAUCAUUACGUUAAAGGGAAAAAAGGGAGUUACUGGUGGAAGUAAUAAGUACAACUACCAAAUAAACAUCGGAAGCAAUAUAAGCAGGGGAAGAAAAAUUAAAAAAAUAAUUAAGAAUUUUGAAAAUGGAAAAUAUUAUUAUACUGGAAGCAGGAAGGAUCUAGCUGCUGGUGCUGCUAACGGCUUUGGAGGAGCAGGGUAUUAUUUGAAAUACGCCACGUCCAAGUAUCCUAAUUUUACCACCAGCUGUAGUUUUCUGAGCCACUCGUCGAAGAUGGGGUUGUGCAAGCACAAGAGUUUGAAUAGCAGAUUGGUUAACAAUUUGAGCGGUGGUGCUGGUGGUGGCGGCGCCAUGGGUGCCGGCCAAAGGAAUGAAGAGGGUAGGAGAUCUGGCAAGAAGGAGGAGGAAGAAGGUUUUUUCGCCGUCCCCAUAUAUAUGAGAUCCCCCAAGCCGGAGCAGAUCCCCAUACCGGUGUACCUGUCGGAGGUGAAUGACCAGGCGGGAGUGCGCGUGGCGGCCAUCGAAGCGACUCCAGAAACGGCGGACGCCAAGGCGAACAUCAAGGAGAGUGUCAAUGUGGAUGGCAAAGAGACUGCCGACGCGGCGAACGUGCAGAGUAGGAAGACCAAAAGCAAAGGCCAAUCGCAAAACGUAAAAACAGCACCGAAUGGAAAUGUGCAUAAUAUUAAGGACAGCCAAAACGUUGCAAACUUUACCAAGAAAAAUGUAGAAAAAAAAAAAAAUAAAAAUAAAAGUUUUGUAAGCAAAAACUACAUGGCCUUUAAUCAGGAACAGAACCAUUCGAACAAACAUGGUUACGAUUUUGUGAACACAGGAAAUGUGAAGAAUAGCAAAGUGUAUAACGUGCACGCGUUGCACUCGUCCUAUGUGAAGGCCGCCAACUACAACAACGGAUGCAACGUACAUGGGACCGGAAAAAAUUUGAGAAUGGAAAAAUAUUUUCAUAACAAAAAGUACUACAAGGUUAAGGCGUACCUGAGCGACAACAACCACAGGAGUAAAAAUUUGAACCCCCUCAAGGAGGUCAAGAUUGCUGUGUAUUGA